GCUGGGGGUCGCUGGGUUAGCCGCGGCGAGGCUGCGAGUCGGGACUCUGACGUCGGGGGCGGGGCCAGAGGCCUGACGUAAGGGGCGGGGCCGAGCAGCUGUCCCUGCUGGGCCGGCGAUUCAUUCAAAAGGCGCGCACGCUGCGCGGCCGGCCCCCAGCGCUCGCCUCGCGGGGACCCUGCGCCGCCGGCCGGGUAAGGAGAGCGCGUUCGGCCCGCAGCCCCGCUCUGCUCCUCCAAGGAAGUUCUCCCGCGGCGGAUGCGGCAGCCCCACUCUCCUGCUCCGACCUGUCCCGUCCCGGCGCAUCCCGGAGCUCCCCGACUGCGCGUCCUCCCCACGCCGGGCGCUGCGCAGUCUGUCAGAAGUGGUCCUGAGACGUGGUGACUGUUGAUGAGUUAGUACCUGAGGCCCAGAGAACCACAGUGACUUGUUCAAGGUUCAAAGUCAGGACAGUGCCCGGACUGGAGCUCGAGUCUUCUAGCCCCGUGAAGUGCUUGGCGAGGAUCACCACCUUCCUGGUCAAUGUCACUCCAGGGCCUGACGAUGAAGUGGACCUUGCUGGGCUGGCCCCUGUCUUGCCUCUUUGUGCUGCUGCCCUGGCCUCUGGCCACUCCAACAUCAUUAACUCCUUGGCUGUGUCCACCUGGCAAGGAACCUGAUCUGGACCCAGGGCAGGGCACAUUAUGCCGAACCUGCCCCCCAGGCACCUUCUCAGUCUUAUGGGACUCCCGUCCAUGCCAGCCUCAUUACCGCUGCAGCCUUCGAAGGAGGUUGGAGGCCCAGGCUGGCACAUCAACUCAUGAUACAGUGUGUGGAGACUGCCAGCCUGGAUGGUUUGGGUCUCGGGGAGUCCCUCAUGUUCCAUGUCAGCCAUGCUCCAAGGCACCUCCAAAUACUGGUGGCUGUGACGAAUCAGGGCGACGGACCCGGCGUGGUGUGGAAGUGGCAGCAGGUACCGGUAGCAACAGUGAGCCUCGGCAGUCUGGGAACGGCACUCGGGCAGGCGGCCCUGAGGAGACAGCUACCCAGUAUGCCGUGAUCGCCAUCGUACCUGUCUUUUGCCUCAUGGGGCUUCUGGGGAUUCUGGUGUGCAACCUGCUCAAGCGGAAGGGCUACCACUGCACGGCCCACAAGGAAGUUGGGCCCAGCCCUGGAGGAGGAGGCAGUGGGAUCAAUCCCGCCUAUAGGACAGAGGACGCCAACGAGGACACCAUUGGAGUCCUGGUGCGCCUGAUCACAGAGAAGAAAGAGAACGCAGCAGCCCUGGAGGAGUUGUUGAAAGACUAUCACAGCAAACAGCUGGUCCAGACAAGCCACAGGCCUGUACCUAGUGACCAUUUCUGCUCCUCCUCCUGCAGGCUGCUGCCAGCCUCCUCCAGCAUGCCGCACAUCUGUCCACAUCGCCACCACCUCCACACUGUGCAGGGCCUGGCCUCACUCUCUGGCUCCUGCUGCUCCCGUUGUAGCCAGAAGAAGUGGCCAGAGGUGCUGCUGUCUCCUGAGGCAGCGGCUGCCAUCACUCCUGCUCCCACCCUCCUGUCCAACCCAUCCAGGGCUCCCAAAGCUAGUGCCAAGACAGGACGUCAGGGUGAGAUCACCAUCUUGUCUGUGGGCAGGUUCCGUGUGGCUCGCAUUCCUGAGCAGCGAACCAGUUUGUUGUCAUCUGAAGUGAAGACUAUCAUGGAGGCUGGGCCUUUAGGGGGUGAUCUUCCUGACUCCCCACAGCCCAGUCUUCCCCCUGAGCAGCGGGCACUGCUGGGAAGUGGUGGGAGCCAUACUAAAUGGUUGAAGCCUCCAGUAGAAAACAAGGCAGAGGAGAACCGCUAUGUGGUUCGGCUAAGUGAAAGCAGUUUGGUCAUCUGAUGGGCUGUCUGGAGUUAGAUGUUCUGCCCUGCUCUGGGAGGUUCUGAAGGCUUUCUGCAGGAGAGAGAGCUGCAGCUGGGACCGAGGACCAAGAUGCAAAGGCCUAGCAAACAAAACAGCAAAGACCAAGGCCUGGAGGUGGGUCUGCCCCACUGAGGAGGCAGCUCUCCACGCAGCAAGUGAGCAGGAGAUCAAGAGCCCAACCCAUUCCUGCAGCCCUAGUCAAUUCCCUGCAGGGUGCCCUAACCUGUGCCUGUCCUGAACACAUCAUAGGAGCCCUCUGUCUUCUAGGAGUCUGGUUUGGCAGAGGAGUGGUGUCUGUACCUGGUCCCCAGCUUGUGCCUUGGGAACUAGUCACUCUUGCCAUGUCCUGGAUCCUGGACAUGCCUCCCUCUCUUCUGGCAGGCCCUGUAAUGGGAAGGAGUAGCAAAGGGCCCUGUAUUGGUGGCAGAGUACCUAGGUUCCAGCUUUUCUAACUGUGAAGUGAAGGAAGGAGAGCUCAGUUCUGUCGGGGGAGCUUGACCUUGCUACCCUCCUAUUAGUAGCUUUCUCUGGCCUGUUUCUGCUGCUUCCUGGACCUUCCCUUCAAGGCUCCCAUUGGACUAUUAUGGCAAUGCCUACAGAAGGGGCUUACUGCAUGUGCCUGCCCCUACCCUGCUACUUUUAAAGAAACUGAAAAAUUACCUGACUUGCAUAGGCUCUGGUGCAGAGCCUCAGGCCACCCUGCUGCCUUCGAACUCUGAAGCUGCCGGGAGAGGAAGAUGGCCGCCUAGAAAGUGCCUCUGGUCUGUGGUUUCCAUGCUCCUGUGGUAGUGUCUGCCUGAGUUUUUGGUAGCAGGGUAACUGCCAAUCCAGCCUUAGUCUCUGCUCUGACUCAGGGCCUGGUUAUUUAUGUGGGGCCGCGCAGGCGCGGGGCCCACUGUCCAUCCCAUCCCAUCUCUUAUUUAUUGAAACCUGCUGCUGCCCUGUCCCUACAUCUCCAACCCCACACUUGAGUAAUAAAAGGUGGAAAGUGGUGUCAUGAGGCGCUUCCUUUCCCGGUUCCCACCUUGGAAUCCUGUUUGCUCACCUCAUGCUUCCAGGGGCCUGAGAUAAUGCCCUUCCCUUCCUCAGCACUGUCCUCUGAAGCCAGGGCAACGGGCAGAGGUGGCUUGUUUCAUUCUCACCAAGGUCCCCAAAGGCCGGGCUUCCCAAUAGAAAUACAGACUGAGCCAUGUGUGUGAUUGAAAGUGUUCUAAUAAUCAUUCCAAAAAGCUUUUUAAAAAGGUAAACUUAAUUUUAAUAUUUUUAACCCAGUAAAUCCAGAAUGUUUUCAUCGUAAUAUAAAAUAACUAUGAAAAUCAUGAACGAGCUUUUAUUUUUCAGUUUAGAGUCUUCUGUAUUUUACACAUCUUGACAUGAACUAAAUAUGUGUCGAGGGCACAAGAGCCAUGUGGUGAGUGGCAACAGCUCUACAGGAAACAGUAGACAUGUAGAAGCUCAGAGUGUGGGAGGGGAUGUGUUCCACGAAGUGGGAAGCAGUGUGUGCAAAGUCCAAAGGUGGGAGGGACUAAGGGUUCUCCAUGGCUGUUGGGACGACAAAGUCUUGGUCCUCUUGGUCAUACAGGAGCACCGGAAGGAAGCAGGAGGCUGCUGGAGCUCUGGGGAGAUAGAUCUGGGUAAAAGGAAUAGUUUACAAAGAUUCAGGUGGGCAUCUUUACAGCCAACUGGGCUGGAAGGGUCCAUUUUUAGGAAAAGGUCUCAGGGCUGAUCCUAGAGCCUGGUGAUAAGAAAGCCAUCAGAGUCCUGGUGGCCAAUAAAGGGUAUAGAGUUUGGGGAAAGUUGGCCAAGAGGCCAGAAAGUCUGUCAUGUAUCCUGGGGGGGGUGGAGAGCAGGGUGGACAGGGCCUUGGUAGUUUCCUUGGUGAGAGCUGAACCAAUACCAUGAUAAUCAAGGAACACCAUGGUUGGUGGGGUUUUGUUAAUGUGUGGUAUACUGUUUAAUACUGAAGAGAGCGCUGAACGGUGGUGGCACACCUUUAAUCCCAGCACUCAGGAGGCAGAAGCAGGUGUGGGAGUUUGAGGCCAACCAGGUUUACAGAGUGAGUUCCAUGACAGCCUAGGGGCUACACAGAGAAGCCUGUCUUGAAAAACAAAAACAAAUGGAAGAGACAGGCAAAAACUACUGGCUGUCCCAUGGAGGCAGAAGGACUAGAAAUUGAUAGAACUUGUGAGGUGUGGAAGGCUGACCUAAAGAAGGGGUCCAGGUGGCUAUGCUGGACUUCAGAAAGCCUGACUUCACUGAGGACAGUUUUCUGGGCAGAAACCAUGGUAGGUGUAGCAGUGCCAGGAAUGGUGGUGGGGGAGAAGAAAAGCAACCUUUGACAGGAUGGGCAUGUUUUGAGUACCCACCUAACCCUGCUUCUCCAAACUAUAUCCUUUGGGUACAUGGUCCUCUAUGAAGUAGGUGUAGACAGUUUCCCUCAGUGUAUUCAAGAAAAUGGUCCCUAUGGUUUCAGGGUGCCCUUGGCAUCCAUUUGCUGUAUCUCAAGAGUUUGGUUUCUCAAGUUUGCCUGUCCCUUUAGUUAGCCAACUCAUGCCCCCCACUUAUCUAUGAUUUGGAUAACACAGCCCACUUGGGUGGUGCAUGAGGAUAAGAGUGUUUCCUGGGGGUGAGACAGGAGGUGGGACCCCAUCCAUUCUCUGGGAAGGCUAGAUUAGAGACACAUUCAGAUACUAAUCAGGGUGGAAAUAUGUUCGGGCUUCCAGACUGGUAAGCAUGCUCCUAUGAGCAGUACUCUGCCCUGCUCCUGCUUGCUCAAAGCAUUGUUUGUUUCCUCAUUUGCUGCUUUUUGGUUUUUCAAGACAGGGUUUCUCUGUACAACAAACUGUCCCAGAACUCGCUCUGUAGACCAGGCUGACCUUGACCUCACAGAGGUCCACCUGCCUAGGA